AUGAAGACUCUCUUCAAGUCUCAAGAGUUGUGGGACUUGGUGGAGAGUGAAUUUGCAGAUCCGGAUGAAGGCCACGCACAACGGCUACGGGAGAAUCGCAAGAAAGACUCGAAGUUGCUGUUCCUGAUUCAACAAGCCCUUCAUGAUGAUAUCUUUCCGCAAAUUUCAGCAGCAGAGACUUCUCACGAAGCUUGGGAAAUUCUGCAACAAGAGUAUAUGGGAGAUAAGAAGGUAAUUGCUGUAAAAUUACAAACUUUGCGUCGUGAUUUUGAAACUUUACUUAUGAAAAGUAAUGAAUCUGUUCAAGAUUAUAUGUCUAGAGUUUCUUCCAUUGUUAAUCUCAUGAAGUCAUAUGGGGAGAAUAUUAGUGAUGAAAUUGUUGUGCCAAAGGUGUUGAGAUCUUUAACAAAAAAAUUUGAGCAUGUGGUUGCUGCUAUUGAAGAAUCCAAGGAUUUAUCUGAUUAUUCAUUUGAUGAAUUAAUGGGUUCUUUAUUAACUCAUGAAGAUGGGAUAAACAAGUCUCAUGAGAAAAUUGAAGAAAAAGCAUUCCAGGUGAAAGAGGAGUCGUCUGACAGAGGUAGAGGUAGAGAAAGAGGCAGAUUUCGUGGCCGAGGUCGAGGCCGCGGUAGAGGCAGAAGUCAAUUCAAUUGA